UGCCACGCAGCUUUCCCUUCGGCUUCAGUUUCGGACGCGCCGAAUUGCAGAGAGAGCCACUGAAAAAUCAGACUGAAGCGCCGUCGCCGACCGCCGCCGCCGCCCGCCGCCGCCGCGACGAAACAGACGAAGCUCCGUUCAGUUCAGUCGCUGCCGGAGGAAGCUCCUUCAUUCGAUUCCGUCGGUUCUCACUCCGCCAAUCGUCCUCCGCCUCGUCCCCGCAGCAGCUCCGCCUCAGCUGCAUCAUUGGAGGUUGGAAGCGCGAGUAUGGCUUCUUCUAGUGCCUCCACCCUUUCAGCUUCUCUGAAGCUCAAUAGCCACCUCUAUAGAUCCUCAAGAUCCUGUUUUUCAAAUUACAAUACUUGUUGCUGGUCUUCUGGUUCAUGGUACUCCGGACAUGUCAGUCUGAGAAUCGGCUGGAGCUCAUCUCGCCACCUCGAGAGUGCUCGAGGCGUGCCUUCGCUUGGCAAUUCUCAGUUUGUGUUCAAGUGUGUCGGCCGGGUGUUGGAGCCCUCAGUCUCCAUCGAUUCAUCUCAAAAUAACAAUGCUUCUGAUGAGAGAGUGGUGGUGCUCGUCAUUGGCGGAGGAGGGAGGGAACAUGCACUAUGCUUUGCGUUGCAACGAUCCCCAUCAUGUCAGGCAGUCUUCUGUGCACCUGGAAAUGCUGGCAUUUCCAGCUCUGGAGAUGCCACAUGCGUUUCAGAUCUUGAUGUUUUGGACAGUACGUCUGUUAUCUUUUGCCUGAAGCAGGGAAUCGGAUUAGUUGUAGUCGGACCAGAGGCUCCUCUUGUUUCAGGUUUGGCAAAUGAUUUAGUUAAGGCUGGAAUCCCUACCUUUGGCCCUUCAUCGGAAGCGGCUGCUUUAGAGGGUUCUAAGAACUUCAUGAAGAAUUUGUGUGACAAGUAUGGCAUUCCUACAGCCAAGUAUAAAACGUUUACGGACCCUUCUUCAGCGAAGCUAUACAUCAAGGAGCAGGGUGCACCAAUUGUUGUAAAAGCGGAUGGGUUAGCAGCUGGGAAGGGAGUUAUUGUUGCCAUGGCAGUGGAGGAAGCAUGUGAAGCUGUUGACUCAAUGCUUGUGGAGGGGGUUUUUGGUUCUGCUGGUUGCAAGGUCAUCAUCGAGGAAUACCUUGAAGGAGAGGAAGCUUCUUUCUUUGCACUGGUGGAUGGGGAGAAUGCCAUUGCUCUUGAAUCUGCCCAGGACCAUAAACGAGUUGGGGAUGGUGAUACGGGACCUAAUACUGGUGGAAUGGGUGCGUACUCUCCAGCGCCUGUCUUGACUCAAGAGUUGCAAUCUUUGGUCAUGCAGUCCAUCAUUCUCCCAACUGUCAAAGGCAUGGCGGCCGAAGGUUGCAAGUUUGUUGGUGUUCUCUAUGCUGGACUCAUGAUAGAGAAGAAAUCCGGAAUGCCUAAAUUGAUUGAGUACAAUGUGCGUUUUGGAGAUCCAGAGUGUCAGGUAUUGAUGGUUCGUUUAGAAUCAGAUUUGGUACAAGUGUUGUUGUCAGCUUGUAGAGGAGAGCUGAGCAGAGUGACACUGGAUUGGUCACCUGGAUCUGCAAUGGUUGUGGUAAUGGCAAGUAAUGGCUAUCCAGGGACCUAUGAAAAGGGGAGUGUGAUCCAGAAUCUUGAAGAAGCAGAGCUUGUUGCUCCAUCUGUUAAAAUAUUUCAUGCAGGAACUGCUUUUGACUCAGAUGGCAAUUUUAUCGCAACCGGAGGCCGUGUUCUUGGGGUCACUGCCAAGGGGAGAAAUUUGGAAGAAGCUCAUGAAAGAGCUUAUCAAGCCGUUGAAGCUAUCAACUGGCCAGGAGGAUUCUAUCGGCAUGACAUUGGGUGGCGAGCACUUCCAAAAAAGCAAUUGGCAAAGCACAACUAAGCUAAUAUCAACAUGGUGGGGCUGGCCUAUCAGGAAACACAAUUAUUUUAGUCGACGAGGCUAACAGACAGUGUUAAUUACCAAGGACCAAGGGAGAAAGCUAGGGUGGAACAACUAUUCUCAUAAGCUGGUUACUCCUACUUACUUAAUUGACAAGAGGUAAAAGUUUUGUGAAGAUGGUAGUUUAUUUUGUUUGUUGCUGCCUUGCCAGUAGGAUUAUUCAAGAUGCAUUGAUUAUUUCAAGUUCUCACAAUACCAUAGUGUCACAGAGAACACACUGGCAUCACAUAUUGUGCAACCUUGUUUGUCCUGGAUAUUGCAUCCAGAUCCUUUUGUCA